UCAUUUCUUUAUUUGCGUAAACUAUUCUUCAAUGGUAGUGGUAUUCCCAUAUUUUGUGUGAUCACUAUGAUCCUUACAUACAUUCUCACCUCUUUAAUUAAUAGGAUGCUAAUAGACAUCUAUUGCAGAACACCAAUUAGUUUUGUAUGCACACAACUCGAUGGUAGCAAAUCUAGUUUAAGUGUGAUCGGAAGUAGUGUUUGGGCAUUAGUAUCACUUAGCAACUGAAGAACUGGCAUCCCGUCUAAAAAAAAGGAUAUGGCCUAAGUACGUCAAUAGCUUUCUAUAUUUAUGUAGAGAGUAUGUUUCUUUUUAGUAUCUGUAGUUACUGCUUUUCUGAAUAUAUACCUAUGUGCCAUCAAAAAUGGCUAUUGCCUUGGAAAAGUCUUUAGAACCAAAUAAUCCAUUUGGUAUAAUUAGAUUUCGCCUUGCUACCUCUUGAUGGGUUAUGUGAUUUAGCUCCAAAUGUCGAGGAAAAAAAUAUUAGCUAAGAAGUGUUCUAACUUUAUUUAUAUUGCGCUCAAGAGUUUUUCUAGGUAUAUUAAAAAGUUGUGAUAAGCGUGCAUCACUGUCUCCGGUCCUUAAUUUUACUAGAUAAGCAAAAAGUGCAAUUUGCCCCUUGGGCAUUUUAUUUAUUAGAGGCACUUCAGACACAAUAACAUUAAAUUUUUCUCUUGACAAUCCAAUCCAAUAAUGAAAAUGAUCAUCAUUUAAUUUGUCUGUCUUUGAAAUCUAGACCUCCUGAUAGAUGACUUGACUGAAACCAUUUUAUCAUUUCCUCUAUAUGUUCAGGCAAAAAGGUUUGUGUAGAAUUUUCAGGUUCAGAUAAUAGAUGCCAAAGUGACGCAUUCAUAUGUUCAUCACAUAUGCGACAAUUUGCUGGUAUAUAAUAAUUGUAAUCACAUAGAACACGUUUUCUUAUAUCUAAUGAUAUUAUUAUUCUCUGAGUGCCUAGACAACCUUGGAAGAUGCAAUGACGUUGAGUAGCAGGCGCACGUCGUGCUCCGAGCCGACAUGUCUUCAAACAUGUCCAUCUCUAAAUGAUUCAAUACGUCAGUCAACGUCAACUUCAAAUGCACCAUUUUGUUCGUAUAAACCAUAGAGUUACUAUUUUAUUAACUCCAUGGUAUAAACCUAAUCAUGGGUUCGCAAAAGUGAGAUCAAUAUCGUUUCAAACUUGUCGUCAGUCUAAAUUUAUCAGUUUUUGUUUUUGUGAAAAUGAACUAUGACGACGAUACUGACUUAACAGCUGGUCGAAGAAGCUUGUCACACGAAGCAGAAGGCCAAAAAAUAGAGCAUGAAUUUAUAAAACUGUAUCAUAAACUUCCAUUACUGUGGGAUGCGAAACAUCCGGACUACAACAACAAAUACAAGAGAAAUGCAGCUUUGGAUAAAUUAUUAAUUGUUUUGAAACAAUUGAAUCAUCUCGCCACAAGAUAUAAUGUGCGGCAGAAAAUAAACAUAUUAAGAUCUUGUUAUAGAAAAGAUUUGCGAAGACAUUUGGCAUCGAAAGUUAUAGGCGCAGACGGAGAAGUUUCUUACGAACAUAUUCCUACGUCUUGGAAAUUUCAUAAACUGAGAUUUCUUGACGGAAAUGAUAAUAAUACUGAGGAAUACAAAAACGAAAUUACACAGGUUAACAUUCAAGACAGUGAAUAUCAUGAUAACAGCAACAAUAGCAACCAAAGAAGUGAGGAGUCAUCUGGACAAGAGUGCCAUGAUAUAGAAACUGAUCCUGACCUAAGUUUAGAGUCAUUAAAAACAUUUGAAGACAAAACAUAUAUACGGAAAAGCAGUCAUAAAAGAAUAAAAUUAGAGUUAAAUAAAGAAGGAUACUAUCCACCAGACAAGGAGGAGCCUUUAGACAGAGAAUUUAAUGCAAUUGGUGCUAAUGUUGCAUGUAAACUGAAAAGAAUGAAUCAGCAACAGAGGUAUCAUGCGGAACUGCUCAUAAACAAAGUAUUAAUAAAAGGGUUAAAGGAUAGUUUAACGGAUGACUCAGAUAUAACUGAUGUGUGGAAUGUAUAGCACUAGAGAAGCAAAUUUCUUAAUUAGAAAUUUGUUUGAAAUUGUAAAUAAUAAAUUAAUAUUUUUUUUAUUUAA